GCUCAGUAAACAGCGCAGUGGCUCAAACCAACCCCAGGAACUACCCAAGUCAAACACAUAACCUGGCCCAGCAGAGAAAGUCAAGAUGGUUUUAGAAACGAUUGCAAAAAUAAUAAAAGUGCAGCUUCCGGCCUAUCUUAAGAAGUUGCCGCUGCCAGAGACAAUCGGAGGAUUUGCGCGAUUAACAGUGUCUGAGUGGCUCCGGUUGCUUCCUCUCCUUGGCAUUCUGGCUCUGCUGGGCUACCUGACCAUCCGUCCAUUCCUGCCUAAGAAAAAGAAGCAGAGAGACAGCCUGAUCAACUUGAAGAUCCAGAAAGAGAACCCUAAAGUGGUCAACGAGAUAGACAUCGAGGACCUGAACAGUGCAAAUGUGUGUUACUGUCGAUGCUGGCGCUCCAAAACUUUUCCUGUUUGUGACAAGUCACACUUAAAGCACAAUGAACUAACCGGGGACAACGUGGGACCUCUCAUCCUUAAAAAGAAGAUACUAUAAUUUACAUCUGACUAGUCUGUACUGUUUUUUUUUUUCUUAUAGUUGUUUUUUUCUUGAAUAAAGCAGUCCAUUGUUUAAGUGUGAAUUGGAAACUUGUAGUUUGGGUAGUUCUCUUUCUUUCUUCUCUCUUUUUGUGUUUUUUUUUUUUUUUGUUAAAGGCUUAGUUCUUCAUGUUAAAUAAUUGUUUCCAUAUUAUUUUCUAAGUGUUUUGUCUGUACGUUGGGUUUAUAUUUCAUUUCACUGGGACCACUGUGAAGCGAAGCACCUGAGAGGUUAUUGCAAUGACUUUAUGACAACUUUGAAUGAGAAUAGCUGGAGUUCGAGGGCUGGAGUUUCUUCUUUCCAGUUAAAUAGUUAUUUCGAUGAAAUACCCAGUUUCCUUGUCCAACCAGUUUGAACCAUUUUGUCAUGAAUGCCUUAUUUUAUUGUCUCUAGAACAUUUGCCAAUCUGAGUGUCAAAUAUUUUCAACCGCAUCACUUUCGAGAUGCGAGAUAUUUUCAGAUAGAUAAAUAUGUAUGUAAUGAAUGUAUAAGUAUGUGUGGGAUGCUUGGUAAUCUGUUCUUCUCAUGAACAUGAUUUAUUUUUUUUUUAGUUCUGUUGUGUUGAAACAUUUCAAACCACUGCAACCUUUUUUUUUUAAAGGGGUCAUAGAAUGAUUAUAUAGGGUAUUUGGUGCUGGUCCUUAAUGUCUCUGAAUAGGAUGUGUAACAUUGGUUGGGCUGAAAAUGGCAUAUUUGCUUUUCUAUGAGCCCUAAUGCAAGCCUGGUUUAAAGGCCAAGAAUGAAACGACAUGUUUUCUUCCUUUUAUGCUAUGCUCAUGAAUAUUUAGAUGAGCUGUGCGCUGAUUGGUUGUUUUACAACGAGCCAAGUUGCUGAGCAAAGACGGAUCAUAGCAACAAGAACUCACUCACUGAAACAUCAGCAUUGUAGAUAUGAUAGGGUGACCAGACAUCCUCUUUUUCCCGGACAUGUCUUACUUUUCAUGUCUAAAAAAAUGUCAGAGUGAAAUUCAAAAUCGUCCCGGAUUUCGGUCGACUACAGUGCAGCAGAACCGAGCCAUGAGCGACGGAGAGACCGAACCGACCCAGUGACGGUAGCCUGGACAACACAGGCAAGGCAGUCAGCCAAACGUUCCCAGGUUGUCGUGUCCUUACAGCUGGAACAGCCCCUCGUUUCAGUAAAAGAAGUUUAGCAAAUCCUGCUUUGACCUGUUGAACAUUUUGAAAGCUGUCUUCUGUGAAAUGCUUAAAGCAAACGAACAACUGAGCAUUAAACUUCUUUUGAUAGAAAAACAUAAUCCAUGCAUGUCGAGUCUUCGGAUCCUUGGGAAGAUUGUGAAAAUUUUCCCCUUUCUCCGUGCAGCCUGGAACUCUGCAUUUACGCCUGUGGUUCUGGCUCAUUUUCAAUACAGAAACUGUCUGCUUUGUAAUUCUUAUAGGAGUAAACCCAACUGUAGGCUAAACAGCUAAACUGGUGUCUUACAUCUACCUCUAUUCAUGUUCUUGGGCCGUGAACCAGUGGACUGGUCUGUAUGUCAAUUUGGGGUGUGAGAAAAGUACAGGCAAGAACCGAAUAAGGCAACAUCCCCCAAAUUGACGUCAAUCCG